AUGCGUGUCAACUUUGGUCGUGUAAUAUCGAGGCUUCGGCCGAACGACGAGACUCGACCGUCGCGCUCCUCUAGAGCGGCUCGGUACGCCGGAUUGCCAGCCGAUGGUUCCGUACAAGGCGAGGACUCCCCUGCUCGCGAAGCUUCCGUCACGACAGAUGAUGCCUCAGUAGAAGCUUUCGACGAUGUGCUGUAUGACGAGACGAAUCCGUAUCGAGUAUGCGCGCGUCUUCUCCCAUGUUUCUGCUGUGAGCCUCGAGGACUAGUGGUCAUAGUCUAUGGCAUGGCAGUACUGGGUGUUGUCCUCGCUGCACUGAUGGUUCUGAAGGAUGCUUCGACAAGCGCUGGCUUUAACGACUCCUGUGACACACCAUUGCCGCUGUGGAUCACCCUAUUCGUGGGCCGACAUGUUUUGAAGGCCAUCUUGGUCGCUGGUGAGUUGCCCUCUUGCUGGGUUUCACGAGCUACUCCAGAUCUCUCAGUUCGCUUCUGGCUAACUCGUCAAGGUGGCCAUGAGCUUGCCUUAUCACGAGUUACUUCAUGGAUUGUCACCUGCAAUCGGACGGGAUACUACAUCUGGAUUCUCGGAUGUUACCUCCUAUGGGUCAGCAAUAUCUGCGACAGGGGUGUGUGGAACUUCGCCAUGGUCAUGUGCCUUAUACAGUUCCUAGUGGUGGCUCUACCUGUUGCUAUACUGUUUCUGGUGAUGUGCUGCUUGCCCUGUCUACUCUGUUUCCUUCCCAUCAUGUUCCCACCUGAUGCCAACCAGAUCGCCACACGUGACGAUAUGGUCCGCCGAAUUCCCAAAACGGAGUACCACAGACUUUUAGAGGAAUCAGGGUCACGAUCACCGAAUGAAGCCGUUGAUGUGCCCGAGAGCUGCCCAAUAUGCCUAUCAGAUUUCAGUGACGAUGAUUCCGUUAUGAUCUUACCGUGCAAUACACGGCACGUCUUCCAUGAGCGGUGUAUUACGCAGUGGCUGGCAGUUUCCCAACUGUGUCCCAUUUGCCGUGCCAAUAUCAGCGAUAUGGUCGACCCCGAGGCAGGAGAAGGCAGCCCCCGUGAUCUCGAGCUUGGGGACAUCCGCUGA